CCGGUUGCAUCAUCACAACCCAAGUUCGGCUUUCCACGCUCUUUCUUUUUUUUUCCUAGUCCGUUUCUUCGUCUCUUCUUCUUCUUCUUCAUCUCGUUACCCUUUUUUUCUCUUUGUAAAAUCAUGUCUUGGCAGCAAUACGUUGACAACAAUCUCGUUGGUACCGGUCAGGUCAGCCAGGCCGGCAUCUUUGGUUUGGCUGGUGGCCAAUGGGCCGCCUCCCCUGGCUUCGAGGUUAAACCUGCCGAAAUUACCGAAAUGGCUGAAGGCUUCAGAGACGCCGACAAGGUUCGUGCCUCAGGUAUUCACAUUGCUGGCGUUAAGUACCUUACCCUCCGUGCUGACGACCGCUCAAUCUACGGCAAGAAGGGCUCGGACGGUGUUUGCAUCGUCAAAACCGGUCAGACUAUGUUGGUCGGUCUUUACAAGGAAGGUAUCCAGCCCGGUCAGUGUACGAAGGUCGUCGAGGGUUUGGCUGAUUACUUGAUUUCGGUCGGCUACGUAAGUUGCAUUUCUGUUGCUCUUUUAUGAUCGCGCAAGUAACUGAUAUGUACUUACACACUCUCGCCUUGUUUCUGUUACACAGUAAAAAAAACCACAUAAUAACAC